UGAAGUUUUCAGACAACUCAUAAAACACACAGGUCUGCACACAAUCUAAUCUAAGCGAGUGUAAACGCCCGAGUUUAACAUAGUAACACCGAAGAGGUGCCAGCUGCUGAGAGUGGGCUGCCAAGGAGCAGAAGACGCAGGUGUUUUCACUCGCUAGCUGUCGCCCCGUUACACCUGGUUCACUGCCACGAAGCUCUCUGUGCUCCACUGCAUAGGUCUCCUUCUUUGACAACCCAUUGCUGUCUCUAUAGUAGCAAUAACAAUACAGAAGGCCGUAUCCAGCCAGAUUUCUUCUUCUUUCCGCCUCCAUCAUGACUGCCAGACAGACGGUCAUGCUCCUGGUGGUGGUCCUCUGCCUGCCUGGUCCCCUUCACAGCUUCUAUCCACUCUUCACAUUUGAUGGAAAGUCCAUCACUCACCGUCAGCUCACACAAAUGGCAUGCCUCAAAAAAACAGCCGAGGUGUGCCGAGAUAUCGCUGCCUCUGACGGACGGAACUUCACCCUGACUAUUGACGACAGCUUGACAGCAGACAAGGUGCAAAGGGCUUGUUCAUCCACAGCUACCUCCACGUCUGUCCUCUCCACCGCCAUGUUCCGAAUUUCUAUUGCCACCAUGUACUUCAGCAACGCAAUCGUUGACGUGGUUUAUGUGCUGAGCGAGGACCACCAUUUCGACGACGAGAGAUUCGAGGGAGGGCGGGAUAUCAUUACAGCAGGUGUGUCUGCUGUGAAGCAAAGUGUGAAGCUGGAGAACUUUGUCGCUGGAAGGUGGACUCUGGGACGGGUGUUUCACACCCUACAGGACUUCUACAGCCACAGUAACUGGGUGGAGCUGGGGAACAAUGCUCCAUACAGUGCUCUCAUCACACCGGACCAACCUCUAGAGAACCUGGCCGGACCAAGUACUCCAACCUGCAGAAAUUGUACAGGAGAUAACUGUACGGACAACCUCCUGCCCGACCUGCUGCAGCAGGGUCUCCUCACUUCAGGCUACUUCAACAUCUUCUCUUCAGCAAAACCUGAUGGUAAGUGCAGCCACGGUGGAACAUUUGACCAGACGAGCAAGCGGGACCCUGUGGGGGGCAUCAAUAAGGACAGCAUCGGGUCCAGUCACGGCUCGCUUCACCAAAAAGCAGCCGAUGUGGCUGUGAAUGCCACUAUGGAGCUGCUGGAGGACAUCAGACGAGCUGUUGGAGACAAGAAUUUCCUGCGAUUGAUGGGCCUCUCUCAGUCAACUGUGCUGUGUUUUGUCAUUGACACCACUGGCAGCAUGAGUGACGACAUUGCUGAAGCAAAGAGGGUUUCGUUUGAGAUCAUCGACAGCAAGAGAGGAACUGAACAGGAACCCUCUGCUUACAUAUUAGUACCUUUCAAUGACCCAGGUUUUGGGCCUCUGCUUGUGACAACCGAUGCAGAUGUCUUCAAAGACAACAUCAACAGGCUGUCUGCAAGUGGAGGAGGAGACGUUCCAGAGCUGUGCUUGUCUGGCCUGCAGCUUGCCCUGACAGCAGCUCCAUCGUCCUCUGAGAUCUUUGUCUUCACUGAUGCUCCGGCUAAAGAUGCAUAUCUGAAAAGCACCAUCACGGCUCUUAUAGAGAGCUCCAAGUCUGUGGUUACUUUCAUUUUGACUGAUGUCUUGGCCAGUCGACGGCGCCGCAGAAGUUCUCAGGGUUGGGCUUCACGUGCAAUGAGUCAGGCGGACGCCCAGCUGUACCGUGACUUAGCUCGGGCCUCUGGGGGUCAGACCAUUGAGGUCACCAAGUCAGACCUCUCUGCAGCCACAAGCGUUAUAGAAGAUUCAUCGGCCAGCGCUGUGGUGACAGUUUUUCAGGUUGUGAAAAGUCCUGGAGUGCCUGUUCAGUUUAAUUUUACUGUUGACGGCUCUUUAAGGAACAUAACUGCCUACGUCACGGGAAGCUCGUCGCUCACCUUCGUUCUCACCAGCCCCACAGGUGAAACUCAGACUUCCAGUCCGUCCUCUGGUAAUUUGGCAACUGUCACCACAGUUGGAAACCUACGACGUUUAAGCCUCAACACUGACAAUAUCACAGGAGAGUGGCAGAUCAGAAUUGAAUCUUCUGACCCCUACUCUGUAAAGGUCACAGGUCAAAGUUCAGUAAGCAUCAUUUAUAACCUUGUGGAGGCACACGAGGGAGCCCAUGGUGACUUCAGUCUAAAGGAGGGACGUCCUCUUUCAGGGGGUAACGUCAGCAUUUUGGUCACCGUGACGGGAAGUGACACCGUAAAUGUCACAGAGGUCUCUCUUUUUGACAGCUCGGGGCCAAUUACGGUCAUCGGAUCAAUACAGUCGGAAGGGAGCGGUAACUACCUGGUGACAUUUACUGGAGUCCCUGUGGGUAACUUUGUGCUGAUCCUAAAAGGAGAAGACAGCAGCUCCUCCUCCAGAUCCACACCGAGCAGCUUCCAGAGACAAGCCUCCACGCAGAUCAAGACCUCCAGCAUCUCUGUCACUCCCCAAGUCAACAACACCAGUAUCGAGCCAGGCUCCACUGUCUCCAUCUUCUUCGAAGUCGCCACAACCGUCAAUGGAGUCGUAAAUGGCUCUGCAACCGGGACGUUCACAGUGCAAGCCAGCAACGACCGCAGUUACGCUUCGACGUCACCGAGCACUGUGACUAUCGAAGCAGGCAAUGGGGGUAAAGCCAACGGCACCGUAACCUUAACGGUUCCAUCCAGUGCUGCAUCAGGAACAGACGUGACUCUUACCAUUGAGGCGCAAAAUGCCGAUGCCUCUGACACCAACUAUGCUGUGCUCAGGUUUUCUGUGACUGCCAAGGUAACAGAUGUCACUCGCCCAGUAUGCCAGGUAGUGAGUACAUCAGAAAACUGUCCCUCCUCUUCGUCACUCUGCUCAUCCGCUCAGUGGGAAUUCAUCGCAAAUUUCACCGACGGCAUCAACGGAACCGGCAUUGAGAGCAUCACUGUCCGCCAAGGGAACGGUACUCUCAAUACCAGCACAGUGUCUGGAGCCGGAGGUGAGAACAUCACAGUGGUUACCUACAGCGCCUCCUGCUGUUCACCGAAUGUGGAGCUGACUGCUGUGGACGUAGUAGGAAAUGUGGGAACGUGUGUGGGACAGGCGAGAGAAUCUACCACUGUGGCUCCUGUGACUACAGCGACCACGACAUCCACCGGAGGGCGUGCUCUGACCACAUCAUACUUUGUCUGGAUCAGUGUUGUGGUUUCUGUCAUUUGGAAGUAAAUGAGAUGAACUGACACUGCACUGUAAAUGUGGAACUGUAAUAAAGUCCGUUAUUUUAGUGUUUGCUUGUUUUUUUCUUCUAAUUACUGCUGCAGGAAGAUAAUGGUAUAUAUGUAUGUGUGUGUGUGUGUAUAUAUAUAUAUAUAUAGCAUAUAAUGUUGAAUGAAAAAAAAUUGCUUUAAACCAUUUCUAUAUUUAUAUUUCUGCUGGUGUACAGAUUUGCAACACAUUGGAGCCAUUACAGGGUUCUGGUUUCUGUUCUCCCUAGAUAUAAAUCUUAAACUGAUAUGCUUGUUACUGGGAGGAAGCUUUUGUAAUAUGCCCACGGUAUCGCUGGGGAUACUUUGGGAUUUUAACUAGUUUUUCUGGGGUACCUAGAGUGCUUUCUCCUUCAUAAAAAACCUAUGUUCCUAUAUGCAUUUGUUAUAACUGAUGGGUGCUGAAUAGAUGUGCAAUGUUGUACCAAAGGUGGAACUGUUAUGACAGUAAGUGUCGAAUGAAUAAUCGAGAAUUUCUUUGUGUUUUGGUUAUUUGUGGAACUUAAGCCUGGAUUGGUGCUCAUUAUUAUCAAUAAAUAUUUAAGUCUUCAUAGUUUGUGAUUUCCUGUGUAAGAGGUAUUAAGUUACGUUGUUAACGUAUAAUAAACGCCUUUAUAAUUAA